AGAAUGCUUCAGAGGUCUCUUUCGAUUUGAACAGAGCGUGAGUUGUAAAUUUUGAGCAGAUGGAGUGUAAGCAAAGGUGAUGCAUGGAAGGGAUCCUUGUCUCAAUGAGAGCAGGACACUGUACAGUUGAACCUCGAUAUUUCUAGCUGGUGGUAAGAGUCGACAGUAAUCCUAUGAAGCUCUGCUAUCUGCAGAAUCUUGGGACAAUGAAGGUUUAAAGAUAGUAGAUCUUCCGCUCCGCUGGCCUCGGCACGACGCGUCAACCUUAAUCGAAAAUUAAAUCUGAGAUCUGGUUCGAAAUAAACAAAUACAACCUCCCCAACAACAACAACAACACACAACCAAGACAAUCACGAUGGCAUAUCACAGCCAUAUACCAGCAAUGCUUGCGCGGGCGACUACGGAAGGGAGAGAGGCGCGGUUCACGAACGUCGUCAGAGUCGUGACGAGGAGGGCCACCGCGGACCAUCCGGGAAAGGAUGAGGAGGAAUUCCCGCGAUGGACCAUCGAUCGCAACACAUGGGAAAACAUGUGGAAAUACGAGCCAUUCCCGAGAAUGGCAGAGAAUCCAGAGGAGCGAACUGCUCUAACACGGAAUUCUGCUGUUUCGGCGGCAGGGAAUAUUUCAGGGGGAGCUGCCGAGCGAGGGACUUCUUUAGGAGGGACUGCUGAUCAAGCAACAGGGACCGACUUCUCCAGCAGGUCAGUGUCCGACGUGACCAAAGUCAACAACAGCAACUCUGGAGAAGGGAAAGUUGGCAACACCUCUGCCCGGUUCAUCAUCGCGGCUCUCACAGCCAGAGAAAAUGGCAUUGCGGGCCCAAGCAGCACAGCUCCAGCCACCUCUGGCUCUACAACACAUCGCCUUGCUGCUGUGCGGAGCCAGCUCCGCGAUGUCCUUGGCCAGAUAGCAGAACGAGAGGCGAAGCCAGGUUCGGAUAUAGAUGCGGAGUUAGAUGCUCUCCGUGAGCAGCGGGAUCUCCUGCAGCGAUCCCAAGUUCUCCUCCAACGAAUCGAGAACGCCAGAGCUGAGAUGGUUCUGGAUGAGGAGGACAUUACCCAGCGGGUGCAUGUCCCAAUGUGA